CGAGCAGGCAAGUUUACGCGAAUGAAUCGCUGAUUAAUUACGGUCCAAAAACACGCGUGCGAUUCGGGGGGGGACCUAAAAUUUGACCCUGCUCCUCGUGGUCUUGUGUCCACGGACAGGAUGAUUCCAGGCUGAGGGAAAAAACUCGCAGCGAGAAGCUAGCAAGUCGAGCAACGCGCCCGAAGAGGAGGCACAAUGGGCCAAACGCUUUCCGAGCCGGUUACGGCAAAGGAGACAUCAAGUUGUAUGAACGACCAAGUGAAAGUGGGCGCAUCGUGCAUGCAAGGAUGGCGUAUAAACAUGGAAGAUGCCCACACUCAUCUUCUGAGCCUCUCUGAGGACAAAGAUGCUGCAUUCUUUGCCGUCUACGAUGGCCAUGGGGGUGCAAAGGUGGCCCAAUAUGCUGGGAGCCACGUGCAUCGCAAGAUCGUCUCUCAGCCAUCAUAUCAAAGAGGAGAUGUAGUAGAUGCCAUAAAGAAAGGUUUUCUGGAGGUUGACUCAGACAUGCUUAAAGACGAUGCCAUGAAGGAUGAACUUGCGGGCACCACAGCUGUUGUAGUGCUCCUGAAAGGUGGUCGCAUCUACUGUGGAAAUGUGGGUGAUUCGCGGGCCAUUGCGUCUGUUGGUGGUCACGUGCAGCAGCUCUCCUUUGACCACAAACCGGGCAAUGAAUUGGAGACACGCCGCAUUAUCGCAGCUGGCGGAUGGGUCGAAUUCAACAGAGUCAAUGGCAACUUGGCACUGUCAAGAGCCCUCGGAGAUUUUGUCUUCAAGAAGAAUGAAAAGAAAUCUCCCGAAGAGCAAAUAGUCACUGCUUACCCAGAUGUGAUUGUGAAGGACCUUACACCCGACCAUGAGUUUAUACUGCUGGCUUGUGAUGGGAUCUGGGAUGUACUUUCCAAUGAAGAGGUGGUUGAGUUCGUACGUGCCCGAGUAGCGGCCAAAAUGGAACCAGAACAGAUCUGUGAAGAGCUGAUGACUCGCUGCCUGGCACCCGACUGCCAGAUGGGGGGCCUAGGUUGCGACAACAUGACCGUCGUGCUGGUCUGUCUGCUAAACGGGGCACCGUACGAGGAGUUGGCACGUCGUUGCGCUCGGCCCCCGCUACCAUGCCCACCUUCGCCGCCCGCGAGCCCUCGGGAAGGUUACCACUUUGACCACGAGGUGACCGCAUCGGUGGGCAGCGAGUUGCAGAUCGACGCACACAGGCAGGGAGACACGGCCGAGGAGAACAAGCUGCCGCAAGAGCAGCAGAUGACGGAGGAGCAGACGACGUCCCCGACGCCUCCCACUCCUCCAACAUCUACGUCGCCUCUGAGAGAGAGUGGUGGCGAAAUGGCGGUGGCAUGAUGUGUAUUGGUGCCCGCAAUGGAACACUUAGGAAAGCUAUCCUCGCACUUGUCUCUUUUGAAUACAUUUUUUUUUUUUCCACUUUCUUCCUAAUUCUCGGGCUCUCACGAAAGAGAGGGGCAAAGUUUGUGCCGUGUCGAUGCAUCGUGGUACCAGUUGUGUACAGAGUGUACAAAAGUCUGCUCACUCUGGGUAUGUGACCUGUGGCCACCGGUGACUCGCUGUCCUGUAACUGCCUAGUGGGAAUUUUGCUGUCAUGGUCACUUCAGUGCAGCAGUUCUUCGGGAGAAGUUAGCAGGUGCAGUACGGCAUAAUUGCACGAAAUUGACCCCUCUUUGUCAGAGCCAUUAACUUUAUUUUUUUACUUUUGUGCAGAGUAAGGACUUAAGGACAUUACUGCAGGCUUAGCAAUUUGUGCAAUGCAAGUUUGUCACAUUCAUGUUGCAUUCAUGCCUUUAUUAUUUUUUUUUUAAGAGCCAUCACUGGCAAGCCAUAGCAGCCAAAACCGAAAUUGACCCUUCUGUACAUUCACUCGUUCUGAGGUGACUGUCCUCAUGUUGGGUAGUCAACAUCCGAUGCCCAGGCGUAAAGAUUUAGCAGCACAGAUUUGUCAUGAGGAACACAGUUAGGAGAAAACAGGCCGCAUUUUGGGCAGUGUUUCUAAUUGGCAGUGCAUUGUUGUUGGUUUUUUUUUUUUUUUUUUUUUUUUGAACGCCACUCGCUAGCGUUAUUUAGGCGUGACAUUUUAUGCACCACUGUUACAUGUGCGUUCCUGGCUGCUGUGGAAUGCAGUGCCCCCACUUUUUUUUUGAGAAGCUCAGGAGCAUGAGAAAGGUAGAAGUGCGAUUAAAUUUGGGCCUUGAGCUGCUGCCAGCAACUUUCCAUUGUUGUUUGUUAUUGUUGUUCAGUAGCAGGCAUUGUGUGUUGGAAGAACCGACUCUAAUAGGCCUGAACGUUUUUUAUUUUUGCUGUCGUGUUUGUGUAAUGUAGAUAUAAAAAGAAAGUACAUCAGCUCUGUACGAGCAUGCCUGUUGUUCUGUUACCUGGAUGCAGAAGAAAAAGUAUACAUACCUGUAUAUAAGCACAUGUUUUAUAUGAGCGAGCAACAGUGUUACUCAAAAUCCAGUCAACUGUAAAUAUUCUGAGAUUCCCCGAAUCAGUUAUACAUCUUUACACUUCUGUUUUGUGUGAUUGUGAGAGCACUCACAGAUGGAAUCAAUCACCCAUUUUUACACAGAAUAAAAAAAGAGCUGUGCACAAAAUUACAGUGACAUGUGUUUUGGGUGAUUCAGUACCUCUGUUCAAAAGUUAUUGUAGUUUAUAUUACAGCAGCCCCCUCCGUUAUUUUAUUUCUUUUCUGAUGUUAGAUGUUACUUGCAAUGCCUAGACAGUCAUCGAGGGGGUGCUGUCUUUCUUCAAGGCGCUUACAUUUUAUUUACUGAAACAAAAACCUCUCACUUUCUUUAUGCAGUUUGUCUUUUAUGAGUCUUAUUGAAUAGGCAUACUAAUAAAAGUGUGACUGAAUGGUGCA